UGUCAGUUUGUUCGUCGCGCCGGUUAGUUGUUUGGGGUUUGCGUCGACGCAGGCCUCUCCUCUGUGCGUUGCACGCUUUUUUAUCCCCCUCAAUCCAUCAAUCCACCCCCGUCGUCUUGCCCCGUCCUCCCCUCGCGAAUAUACCCCUUCAGUAUCCUUCCCCCCACCAAUACUCGAGUCACUUUAAUCCCGCAAGAAAUUGUUAAAAAUAACAUUAUUAUUAUUAUUGGGUUUUAUUUGAAGCGCGCGAGAUCUCUUUUUUUAAACGACUCGGAAGAAGGAGCGUCUUACUGCCUCCGCACCUCUACCCCUUUCCCCUUUCCCUCAAACUCCAACUCCCCACCUACUCGAGCCUGCAGCCGCGUAAUAACAACGGCCGGGAUUUUAGUUCUCGCGUCGUUCCUUCUCUUCUCUUCUCUUCGUCGAUCUCUUCUUCGAUCCUCGCGAACAGUAUAACGGCGGCAACAGCGCCAGCAGCAGUAGCAGUAGCAAAAACAACAACAACAACACAGCAACGACCGUUUUAUAUCGGUGAAAAUAUCGUCACGGAGAAAAUAUCGCGGGAGAAUAUAUCCCGCGAGAAGUUCCAUAUUGCGUCUCGUUCGAUUCGUUUCGUUGUAAUUUAGUUCGUUCGUCGUUCGUACGCACAUACAUACGUACGUACGUACGUACGUUCGUUCAUUUCUCUUUUUUUUUUUAUUUUUUUUUGUUGUAAAUAUAUACACAUAUAUAUAUAUAUAUAUAUCAACCCGAACAAUUAACAUUAUCCGUUGUACGAGAUACGAUUGAAGGAACUCUCGAGAUUUUGGAACGAAGAGGAACGAAGAGGAAUAAAAUCCGUAAAAUCCGCGUUCCUGUUGUUAUUAUCUGUAUUUUCCUUUGAGCGUUAAUUCUCGAAAGUGAAAGAUAGAACAAGAGAAAGAAAAUACGUUUAUAUUAUAUUAAAGAGGAGGAGGAAGGAGGAGGAGUAAGAGAAGGAGGAGGAGGAGGAGGAGAAGGAAGGAGGUGGUGGAGGUGAAGGUGAAGGAGGAACAAGUGGAACUGGAUCGCGCGUAUUGCCGGCAAAUUGGCGCCAAAAAAGAAGAGAGAGAGAGAGAGAGAGAGAGAGAGAGAGAGAGAGAGAGAGAGAACCGAAACCGAAAGUUAAGAAAAUAAUCUCGUCAUCGUCGGCGUCGUCGUAGUUUGGAUAUUCGAGAAGAACAAAGAAACGACAUUAGAAACGAACGUGACGUUUAUUUCUUCUGCUUUUCCUCUCCGUCGUUUUUCUUCCUUUCUUCUACGUUUCUUUGCCCUGCGAUUUCCCGACCAAGAGGACGGAAGAAGCUCGAACUAGAUUGUGGCUCCCUGGACAUCGGCGAAGAACGCCAGCGUCGGGUCGCUAUGAUGGAGUCCCUCUGUCAGGUUAAUAACAAGACCAACAAUGGCAAUGAUUCGAACAAGGAGAACAACAAUAAUAAUGUUAAUCAUCAUCAACAAAAUAACAACAACAACAACAACAACAACAACAAUACGAUAACAAACAAUAACAAUAAGAAUAGCGGCAACAAUAAUAACAACAGCAAUUCAGAUUGUCCGGAUCCUCAGCAAAGGCUGGCAGUGUUGAGCUUCGAACAGGUGCGCCGAUUGAACGACGUUAUGGACGAAGUUGUCAGCAUUCACGGUAGGGGAAACUUUCCUACGUUGGAAGUUAGACUGAGAGAUCUCGUGACGGUGGUUCGUAGCAAGCUAGAAGGUGAUCCGAGCAAUGGAGGUGCCGGUAUGAGGGUAAGGGACAUCAGGCUUAACGGUGGCGCCGCAUCUCACGUAUUGGCGACCGAGUCACAGCCUUACAACGAUCUCGACCUAAUAUUCGCGGUGGAAUUAUCGAGCGGCCGAAAUUACGACAAGGUUAAGGCCGCCGUUUUGGGUUCUCUAUUUGAUCUUUUACCGGAGGGCGUUAGCCGCAAACGCAUAACAACGUGCAGCUUGAAGGAGGCAUACGUUAGUAAAAUGGUAAAGGUGAACAACGACGGUGACCGAUGGUCCCUUAUAUCGCUCGGGAAUUCACGGGGUCAUAGGAACGUCGAGUUAAAGUUCGUCGACUCUAUGAGACGACAAUUCGAGUUCUCCGUUGAUAGUUUUCAAAUAGUACUUGACUCGCUCUUAUUAUUUUACGAGUGCAGCAAAUUACCGAUUGGCGAGAACUUUUAUCCAACGGUCGUGGGCGAAUCGGUAUAUGGUGAUUUCCAAGAGGCACUUUACCAUCUUCACAAGAAAUUAAUAUCGACGAGGCAUCCCGAGGAGAUACGGGGCGGUGGUCUUUUGAAAUAUUGCAAUCUCUUGGUCAAGAUGUACAAACCUUCUCAACCGGAUUACAUAAAGACCUUAGAGCGAUACAUGUGCUCGAGAUUCUUCAUCGAUUUCCCCGACAUAAGUCAACAACGGGCGAAACUCGAGAAUUAUUUGUGGAAUCAUUUCGUUGGGCCCGAAGAGGAGGCCCUAAAAUACCAGUACCUGAUGCUAUUGCACAGCGUCGUCGAGGAGUCGACGGUUUGCCUGAUGGGUCACGAACGGCGACAGACUCUUGCAUUGAUCGAAAGUCUCGCAUGUCAGGUACUUUAUCAGGAACAACAGCAACGGCUAACAAAUCAUCAACAAGCACCACCGGGACCACCGGCGACCUAUGUCUAUGCUAACGGCUAUUAUUACGCACCCGUAAUACCUGCCGCGUGUUACACGUGCACCUGCAACUCUUGGAUGGCGUGCUCGUCGUGAUGCGACCCCGCCUUCGUUUUAACCAUCGCCGUCGCCAUUUUUUUCUUAUACCAUACCAACCCCAUCCUCGUUAUCAUCAUAAACGGGUGGUUGAUACCUCGUAAAUGGACUUCUUCUUUAUUGUGUUAUCGUGGCUCGUGUGGAAAACGAUGGGACGAAGUGAACGAAAGGAGAUCGACAAUAUUAUUCGAUCGACCACAACAACAACAACAACAACAACUACUACUAUUACUACUACUAUUACUACUACUACUAUUAUUACUACUAUUACUACUACUAUUAUUACUACUACUAUUACUACUACUAUUAUCACUACUACACGUCGGGGUUGGUAAAUCCUCGACGGCGGCGACGGCAACAACAACAAAAACAACAACAAUAACAACAACAACAACAACAACAACAUCAACAGCAGCAGCAGCAACAACAACAGCGGCAGCAGUAGCAGCAGCAGCAGCGACGACGACAUUAAUAGCGGCUAUGGCGUCGACGCGACGAUGACGUCAAUGUUCGAGAGGUGGACGUAAACGAUAAGGAAGGGCUAGUACCAGUUCUUGUUUGGUGAAUCGCUUUGGAGGCGAUCCGCCAAAUAAAAUAAAAUAAAAAAAAAAAAGGAAAGAAAGAUGAACGGACACUUUUGAAAGUCACCAGCCUUUCCAAACCGUCGUUUGUCCCUUCUUCAUCUUUUUCUUCUUCUUCUUCUUCUUCUUCUUCUUCUUUUCGUCCCUUCUCUUUUCCCUUCUCUUCAUUGAUAUAUCCUCGCGAUUGACGUCAUCGUCUGGUUGCUUUGCCAACGAACAAAGAAAGAAAGAGGGAGAGUGAGAGUGGGAGUGAGAGUGAGAGUGAGAGAGAUGAAAUGAGAUGAGAUGAAAUGAAAUGAAAUGAAAUGAGAAACUAAAGAAGAGGGAGAACUCGAGUGAAACAAAGUGUGCUUUUUGGUUAUUUAAUUGGUUAGUUGGUUGGUUAGUUGUUGUUGUGUGCCUAAGAAAAACAAGAUAUAUAUAUAUGUGUAUAUAUAUAUAUAUAUAUAUAUAUAUAUAUAUAUAUAUAUAUAUA